GAGAGGCGCGGUGGCAGUGGCGGCAACAAGUGCUGGAGACGAGCCGUGCCGGUGACUUCCCCGCCGCCGACACCACUGGGCCGCCCGUCGCGGUGCAACGCAUGGAGCGUGAGCGGCGGCGGUCGCCGGGCUGAGCCGCGCCGAGCGGCCGGGACGUGGAUGUGGCCGGGAUCUCCCGCCCCCGCCCCGCUGAGCAGGAGCUGCUCCCGGACAAGAUAUGAGAAAUGAGUGUUGGACGUCGAAGAAUAAAAUUGUUGGGUAUCCUGAUGAUGGUUAAUGUCUUCAUUUAUUUGAUUGUGGAAGUCUCCAAAAGCAGCAGCCAAGAAAAAAAUGGAAAGGGGGAAGUAAUAAUACCCAAAGAAAAGUUCUGGAAGAUAUCUGACCCCCCUGUGGCAUAUUGGAACAGAGAACAAGAGAAGCUGAACAGGCGGUACAAUCCCAUUUUGAAUAUGUUGGCCAACCAGACGGGGGAAGUAUACGGGUUUUCCAACAUAAGCCAUCUAAAUUUUUGUGAACCUGACCUGAGGGUCAUGUCAGUCGUUUCAGGUUUCAGCAAUUUGCCAGACAGAUUUAAAGACUUUCUACUGUAUCUGAGAUGUCGAAAUUAUUCACUACUUAUAGAUCAACCGGAUAAAUGUGCAAAGAAACCCUUCUUGUUACUGGCUAUAAAGUCCCUCAUUCCGCAUUUUGCUAGAAGGCAAGCAAUUCGGGAAUCUUGGGGCAGAGAAACCAACGUGGGGAACCAAACUGUAGUGCGAGUCUUCUUACUGGGUCAGACCCCGCCAGAGGACAACCACCCGGACCUGUCAGAUAUGUUGAAAUUCGAGAGUGAGAAGCACCAAGACAUUCUUAUGUGGAACUACAGAGACACUUUCUUCAACUUGUCCCUGAAAGAAGUGCUCUUUCUCAGGUGGGUGAGCACUUCCUGCCCAAAUGCCGAGUUCGUUUUCAAGGGCGAUGACGAUGUUUUUGUGAACACGCAUCACAUCCUGAAUUACUUGAAUAGCUUAUCCAAGAACAAAGCCAAAGAUUUGUUUAUAGGUGACGUGAUCCACAAUGCUGGACCUCAUCGGGAUAAGAAACUGAAGUACUACAUCCCAGAAGUUGUUUACACUGGUGUCUAUCCGCCUUAUGCAGGGGGAGGUGGAUUCCUCUACUCUGGCCACCUGGCCCUGAGGCUGUACAAUAUAACCGACCGGGUCCUUCUCUACCCCAUUGAUGAUGUUUAUACUGGAAUGUGCCUUCAGAAACUCGGCCUCGUUCCAGAGAAACACAAAGGUUUCAAGACAUUUGAUAUAGAAGAGAAAAACAAGAAUAACAUUUGUUCCUAUGUAGAUUUGAUGUUAGUACAUAGUAGAAAACCUCAAGAGAUGAUUGAUAUCUGGUCUCGGUUGCAAGAUGCUCAUUUAAAUUGCUGAAAUAGAUACAAACUAAGUUUUGCAUAGAAAGACAUAUCUUGAAUAGUUCCCAUGUUGUGUUCUUUCACAUUAGGGGUAAUACCUAUGUUAAACCAUCAGAACUGCCUUCAUUAGUAGUAUCCAUUUGAGGGCCUUUAUACCCUCUGGUGUGGUACUUUCUGAAGAGGGAAAGCGGAAGAUUGUUAACUUUUCACAGAGGAUAUGCUGGGAAAAUUGGUUCCAGUCCUUCCUAUGGCUAGUGGCCAUUGUUUCCUAAUUUGCCUUCCUUCUUAGCUGAAAUCAUUUAUGUUUCUGGAAUUUCCAGGUUUAGGUUAUUUAUGUUUUGCCCUCGUAUGAGAGAGAGUAUUCUUACUUUCCAUUAUAAUGACUGAAUUAUCUGCAACUUAGGUGUUUAUAGACAUGCUGGCUACAAAGACCUUGUUAUACAUGAUUCGGUGGUUUUUGUUAAGUGCAAUUCCAUUCAUUUUCAUGAAAUUUGGAUGAAUUUUUAAAAUCGGCUACAGAAAUUAACUUCUGUCAAAAUUUCCUGCCACCCCAACAGUAUUUUCUUGUUUUAGUAGGUCAGUUAAUUUUGCAAAAUGAGAAUCACUGUGUGACAUUUAUCCGGUUUACCUUGUUACAUGGUCUUACGACCGUACUAAGGAGAAAGCUUAACAGUCCUGAUAUUUGGUUUGCUGGGUGGUACCGUGAUAAUUCUCUAAUUUUAGUAUUUGAAGAUCAUGAGUAUGAUUCCAUAAUGGCCAUCAGAAGAUUGAAUUGACCCUGGCAGCCAUAUUGUGCUUAGGAAUUUUCGAUGUGGACCAGGAAGGCAUUUGUAAUUUCUGAACUUCAAGUGAAAAGAUUGAAAUUGCAGACCUUCUCGUGAACGGAUUGUCAGUUUAAAACUCCAGGAUUCUAUUCUUGCCAUAUUUCCACAUGUCACGUAUACAAAAUUAUUCUGAGUAGUGACUGCUUCCCUGUCUCCGUGUAGAAGUGCCUGUGUUUUUAUUUAUUGUUCAGAUCAAAGACCAAAACAUUUUCUUAAAUAUAUUUUGUGUAAUAUUUUAUUUGUAUACAGUGUUGUUGAUGAAAUAUUUAACUAGAGCAUGAUAUUUUAAGUGUUAAGGUGUAACAUAUGUUAAAUAAAGCUAACUGUUAUUUUUGAAUUUUAAAAUUUGGCUUUUUUGGGGGGAGGGGUCUGUGAACUACUAGAGUUGAUAAAAUUCUGCCAAACUGUUGCUUACAUAUACUAUCUUGUAACAUGCUUUCUUGAAAUAUUUUUGUGUUUAUAGAAAUGAUGCUUCUUACCAGAUGUGAUACUGGGGAUUG